AUUUUGGGCGCGCGGGGCAGCGCGAGCUUCCCUUCCGAGCUGUCGCUGCUCGUCUCUCCUCACGGUAUCGGCGAGAAUGGCGGUGCCGGCUCCCCAGAAGCGUUAUUAUAGACAGCGCGCUCACUCCAACCCGAUGGCCGAUCACGCCUUCGAUUACCCCGUUAAGCCUGAGGAGAUGGAUUGGUCUCAGUACUACUCUGAAUACUUCAAGCCACUUUCUGAGAAAGAUCAUCACGAUGAUGAGAAAGAUAUGACCGACAAAAAUAAUUUAAAGUUUCAGGUGGAAUUUGCAGACAUUGGAUGUGGCUAUGGAGGCCUACUGGUUGAGUUAUCUCCUCUCUUCCCCAAUUCCUUAAUUCUGGGGUUAGAAAUCAGAGUGAAGGUAUCUGACUAUGUCAUAGAUCGUAUCAAAUCCCUCAGAGCUUCAAACCCUGGAAAAUAUCAGAACAUCGCUUGCAUCAGAAGCAACGCAAUGAAGUAUUUACCAAACUUCUUCAAGAAAGGACAGCUGAGCAAGAUGUUCUUCCUUUUUCCGGAUCCACAUUUUAAAAAGACGAAGCACAAAUGGAGAAUUAUCAGCUCAACAUUGCUGGCUGAGUACGCCUACAUUCUGCGUGUAGGGGGUCUGGUCUAUACCAUUACCGAUGUGCAGGAAGUACACGAGUGGAUGGUCAAACACUUCACUGAGCACCCAUUGUUUGAAGGUGUACAACUAGAGGAUCUGAAGGAUGACAUCAUUAUUGACCGUCUGGGUGUGUGCACGGAAGAAGGUAAAAAAGUAUUGCGGAAUGGUGGACAGAAUUUUACUGCAGUAUUCCGACGAAUUGAGGGAAAAAACCUGAAGCUGACAAAUGAAGGGAAAAAGUCCUGAGGAGAGCACUUCUUGCCUUGAUUUUACAAAGACAGUUGAAAGGCACGUUGCUCAGUUGGACAAUACUGGGUGUCUUGUUUUAGCCUCAGCCACUGGGCCACUGCAUUGAAGAAUGCGCCAUCUCUUUUUUACAAAAAGCAUAAAGCGAGAUAAAAUAAAUCUGAGCAAGUUUUAAUAACUGUCACUGCGUGGUGGGUAGGUAUUUUGCUGUGCCAACAGAAGCAUUGAAAAUCUGUCUGCUUGUGCCAUUUUUGAGAUGUUUUAUUUUAUCCUUCAGUAAAAAGUGCGGAACACAUCAUUAUAAUCACCCCUGUAGGAAAUCCCGGUGAACAGUUUGCACCGCGAGUUAUCACCAUGGCUGUUUAUUCUAGCAAGCUUGCAUUGUUGCUGUGAGAUUUGUGUGCAAACAUGUUAGUUCAGAAAUAGACACAAAAAGCUCUGAAGAAGGGUCUCGACCCAAAACGUCACCCAUUCCUUCUCUCCAGAGAUGUUGCCUGUCCCGCUGAGUUACUCCAGCUUUUUGUGUCUUAUCUUCGGUUUAAACCAGCAUCUGCAGUUCCUUCUUACACAUGUUAGUUCAGAGACUUGCUUAUACCCUAGCUUCUCGCACUCCUACAGAGACCACACUUCAGAAAUAAUUUAGCAGCUUUGGAGCAUCUUGCAGUCAUAAAUAGUGAUGCCUUUCUCUCUACGCCUAAGGGAAUUUAUCACACAGGCUCCAGGCUAUGUUACUGUCCUAAAUAAUUUUGCCCUUUUUAGCAUAACUGUUUUGUGUGCCAUCUACGAUCUGUCAUAGGAUCAACCAAGGUGAAAAGGUUGUGGGUUCAAAUCCUAUUUCAGACAACGAGCACAAAAUCCAGGCUGGCUCUGUAGUGUGGAACAGAGUGAUGCACUGUUGGAGGUUGCAAAUGGUAAUGCCUUUAAUCUAAAUACAAAUCCUCUGGCACCAAGGAGCAUUAUGCCACUGUGCUGGCCAACUUUCCUCCCUCUGCAUUUGCAUAAAAAAUGGAUCAUUGCUAUCCAUUUUGUUUGCCAUUCAUGGGAUCUUGCAGUGCAUAAGUGAACAGCUACUUGUGCAUAUGCAACAUUAACAACAUUUUAGAUUUGAAUUAUGUUGCAUUUUGCACCAUCUUGAGGAUGUAAUGAGAAAUGUCUUCAUUUGUUUUUCCUUUCAACUUUAUCUUUUAGCUGAAAAUUGUAUUAAAAUUGACAGAUCUUUUAGGAAUAGCUAUUUUUGAAACCAAAUUUAUCGCCAUUUUCCUAUGUGGCCUUCGAACUCGAUCUAAGUCAAAAUAUAUUUUAUUCAUUAUUCUCAUCGGUUUCAUCGAACAAUUUUUGUAUAAGCCAGGGUAGUCUUCCAGCGCAGAGACAGCUGGGGAGACAUGAGACAGAAGAUGCUGGAAUCUUGAGCAAAAAAACAAACUGCUGGAGGGGUAAUCUUCUGUCUACUCACAGAAAUAGGUCGUUCAGCCCACUGUGCCUAUGCUGAGCAUCAAAUACCCAUCUAUACUGCUCCCAUUUACCAGCACUUCUUCCUGAGCCUUCUUUGCCUUGGUGAUUCAAGUUCUCAUGUAAAUACUUCAAUGUUGUUGGUCUCUGCUUCCACCAUCCCCUCGGACAAUUGCAUUCCCAAUUCCAAACAUCCUUUGGAUGAAAAAAAAUCCUUCCUCGGGUCCUGGCGUCUCAUCUUAAACUGAAAGUAUCUGAUUUUGGGCACCUCAGUUAUAGGGAAUAGUUUCAUAUCAGCUAUCUUAUUUAUACCCCUCAUAAAUGUGUACACCGCCAUCAGGUCCCACCUCUGCCUCCUCCACUCCAAGGAACAUGAGCCCAGCCUUCAUAGUCUCUCCUCUUAACUGAAGUGCUCUAUCUCAGGCAACAUCCUGAUGAAUGUCCUCUGCACUCUUCCAGUGCAGCCACAUCGUUCCUAUAGUGUGGUGACCAAAACUGCGCACAGUCCUUCAACUGCGUCAGGUACACUUUGACACCAGUCAUAGAUCAAGUUUACUGUUCUAUCUUAGACACUGAUUCUUUGGCCAUUUCCAUUGAAAUUGCUUUGGUUUCAGACAAGUGGGUUGGUAACUACAGCACAGGGCUUGUAAAAUGACAAUAAUUAACCGAAAGGUUCAUCAUAUGAGUUAAGGCUUUAAAUACCGAAAUGCACACAUGGCCUUUUGACCCAGAAUAUGGAGAUUAGAUAAGGUUUCUUUGGGUUUAGGGAAUAUUUUGUAGGCUUGUUCAUGGCCUUACAAAUAAAAAAUGGUUUAAAAAUAAAUAUCUGGAAUGUGUCCCAGGUUAACAGACACCCUUCCAUUUUCUGUUUAUUUUUGCUUAUAUCUUUGAGUUAUGAAGCUGUUUGGAUGGAAUUAGAACAUUUAUAAAAUGCAUUCAGAAUUGAAAAACUACAGAUUUCUAACCAUAGAUUGGGUGUCUUCAGAAAAAGCUUUCAGUUUCUGACCACCGAAGGUACUGCUGCUUUUGGUAUAAAAUUAUUGUCUUGUGUAAGAUAAUAAUUUUUCUGAGGUAUUCUUGCAGUCCGUGGCUUGACCUAUGUGGUCACCAGGAUUACAGUGCAGGAUUGACAUCUAUUGAUCUUGAUGGGUUGUGUUUGCAUGUAAAACUUAACCUAAAUGGAAAGCUUUGCCCUGGCGAUCUGCCCAGCUUGGAACAAUUAAAUGAGUAGCGAUAUGGAGAAAGCACUAAGUAUUUGCUCAGGACUCUGUGUCACUUGGCUUGAGUUGAUGGUCAUUCUCUGACAGAAAGUCCAAAUCUGUAGUGUCCAGUGUGUGAUCUCAAAAUAUUAUCCAAAAGAAAACAAAAUCUUGUCACUGAUCACAUUGUUCCUUAAAAUUCAUUGGGUGCAUUGAAAACAAAUAAUGGGUUUGGGAAUUGAUUCAAUAUUAAAAUUGUACACCACCUG